AUGGCUCCCGAUGACCCUCCACGGUUUGAUGAUUCCGAGGACGAGGAGGACUUCAACCCUGCUCCGGCGGACUUGUCUGAUGAGGAGCCUGCGGACGACAAUGGGGACCAGCAUGUCAAGAAGCCAGCCCGUGACAGUAGCCCUGGAUACCGGGACGAUGCGGCGGCAGACCACGACAACCCCCCUCGAAAGCCGCGGGCCAGCGGCAGUGACGGCGAGGGCGACGAAGACGAGCCACCACAACGCCGUGGGGGCAUCGACGAUGAUGAUGAUCAGGGCGACGAAGAGGAAGACGACGAAGAGGAAGAAGAAGACGACGAAGAUGAGGACGUGCAGCAUGGCCAUCGCAGGAAACGACGCCGAGACCGACGCAACGCCUUCUUUGAUAUCGAAGCAGAGGUCGACGACGAGGACGAGGGAGAAGAUGAGGAGAAAGACGGCGAAGAAAUCGAAGACUUUAUUGACAACGCGCACCCCGACGAUAUGGCCGAAAGUGCUCGAUUGGACGAUGAUCGAAGACAUCGCGAGCUUGAUCGUCGCCGAGAGAUGGACGCGAGCAUGGACGCGGAGAAACAAGCCGAGAUUCUGCGCCAAAGAUACGGCAACCGCCGCCCAGCCAAGGGAUUUGGCGACUCGGCCGUUGUGCCAAAACGUCUCCUACUCCCGAGCGUUGACGACCCUAGUAUCUGGGCCGUACGGUGCAAGGAGGGCAAAGAGCGCGAGGUUGUUCUCUCCGUCACAAAGAGGAUUGAGGAACGACUGGGGACCAAGGACGAGCUCGCCAUCACAGCGGCCUUUGAGCGGGGAGGUGCCCAAUCGGUGAUGAAGGGCUUCAUCUACGUCGAGGCCCAGCGGCAAACGGACAUUCUUGUUGCCCUUGACGGCAUGCUCAACGUUUAUCCCCGCUCCAAGAUGACGCUUGUGGAUAUCAAGGAUAUGCCUGAGCUUCUUCGCGUCACCAAGACCCCGACCCUCGAGCCGGGCGCCUGGGUUCGCCUGCGAAGGCCGCCCAAGCACAGUGGGGACUUGGCCCAGGUUCUCGACGUGACGGAGAAUGGCCUGGAAGCAAGGGUCCGGUUCAUCCCGAGGCUGGACUAUGGUAUGCGAGAUGAUGCCCUUGCGUCCCUUACUACACCCGACGGAAAGAGAAAGCGCCCUCGCGGCUUGGCUGGACCGAGGCCGCCGCAGAGGCUCUUUAGCGAGGUCGAGGCUCGGAAACGUCACCCGCGCCACAUUCAGGGGAAUCCCACCACAAACACCUGGUCCUAUAUGGGAGAUGAAUUCGAGAAUGGCUUCCAAGUCAAAGACGUCAAGAUCCAGCAACUGGUGGUCACCGACGUGAAUCCAUCGCUGGAAGAAGUGACGCGGUUUGCUUCCGGCGCCGAAGAUGGCACCGAGAACCUCGAUCUCAAAGCGCUGGCCGCCAGCUUAAAAGACAGCAACACUCUCGUCACCUACCUUCCCGGAGACAUCAUCGAGGUGUAUUCGGGAGAGCAGAAAGGCGUCGUGGGCAAGGCGACAAACGUCCAAGGCGACAUCGUCACCAUGACCGUGACCGAGGGAGAUCUUGAGGGCCAAACCAUAGAGGUGCCCAUUAAGGGCCUGCGAAAGCGCUUCAAGGUUGGCGACCAUGUCAAGGUCAUCGGAGGGAGCAAAUUCCGAGAUGAGGUUGGCACUGUCGUCAAGCUUUCCGAGGACCGCGUCACACUCUUGACGGAUCAGACCAACACCGAGGUGACCGUGUUCAGCAAAGACCUGAGAGAGGCGAGCGACAUAGGCGGGCAGGGAUCCUUGGGACAGUUUUCUCUUCACGACCUGGUCCAGCUCGACCCUACCACGGUCGGCUGUGUUGUCAAGGUCGAUCGAGAGUCCCUCGUGGUUCUCGAUCAAUACGGGGACACGCGGCAGCUCAUGCCAUCGCAGAUUCCUAACAAGCUGCCCAAAAGGAAACAGGCCGUCGCUGCCGACCGGGAGGGUUCCGAGAUCCGGCUCGACGACAAGGUCAAGGAGUUCACGGGCCAGCAGCGCCAGGGCAAGAUCAUCCACAUUCAUCGUUCCUACAUCUUCCUACAUACCAACGAUAGCACCGAAAAUGCCGGCGUUUUCGUCACCAAAGCCAGCAUGGUCAACACAGUCGCCGCUAAGGGAGGUAGGGUGAAUGCUGCCUCGUCGGGCCCCGACCUGAAUGCCAUGAACCCGGCGUUGAAGAUACACAAGAACGGCACCGAGAACAAAGCGAUGCAGCCCCCAGUCAAGACAUUUGGCCGCGACCGAGCCAUCAACCAGACGGCGAUUAUCAAAAAGGGCCCGUACAAGGGUCUCUUGGGUAUUGUCAAAGAUACCACGGACACGCACGCCCGUGUCGAGCUGCAUACCAAGGGCAAAACCAUCACGGUUCCUCGAGAGUCAUUGAGCUUCAGGGACAAGACCACCGGGGCCACCAUUGACAUCAACGGUAGAGGCCGCGGCUCGUCCGGCGGACCCAGCCGUGGACCGAGUGACAGGGCUCCGAGCUGGCAAGGAGGCUCCCGCACGCCAAUGGGCGCAGGAAGCUCCGAUCGAGUCCCCGCAUGGGGAUCACGCACACCAGCGGCGGCCAGUGGGCGAACUCCCGCGUGGAAGGCGCAGGACUACUCAGGCUCGCGGACCCCGGCUUGGGCGGAUGGCUCGAGGACCGUCAAUCCCUACGAUGGCAGCCGGACCGCGUAUGGCUCGGGGUCGCGAACGCCAGCCUGGCAGUCGGGAGCUCGGACGCCGGCGGCGGGCGACGCUUUUGGAGCUGGAUCUCGAACCCCAGCAUACGGAGGAAGGAUGGAGGCCCCUACUCCAGUCAACGCACCGACUCCGGGGGCUGGGGCGCCGACACCCGGGGCCAGCGGAUAUGCCAGUUCAGCUGGCUAUUACGGGGCACCAACGCCGGCGGCAUAUGGCGGGGCGCCAGAAACCCCGGCUGCCAGCGGGCCGACGUACACGGACGACGAUUGA